GACAAAGUUUUAAUUGUACAUUUUACUUUAAUGAUCAUGCAGAGUAAUGGGGAUCUGAAAAGGAAAUGGACCUGGGCAGUUGAGUGGCUUGGAGAAGAGCUAGAACGUAGGCCAUAUCCUGGAAAUCCACAGUAUACCUAUAACAACUGGUCACCCCCUGUACAGAGCAAUGAAACAUCAAAUGGUUACUUCUUGGAGAGGUCACACAGUGCCAGGAUGACACUUGCAAAAGCAUGUGAGCUAUGUCCAGAAGAGGAGCCGGAUGAUCAAGAUGCACCAGAUGAUCAUGAUUCUUCCCCACCAGAGGAUGCUCCUUUGUAUCCCCAUUCACCAAGCUCUCAAUAUCAACAGAAUAACCAUUUGCAUGGUCAGCCAUACACCGGCCCUGUGGCACACCAUAUGAACAAUCCUCAGCGUACAGGUCAGCGAGCUCAAGAAAAUUGGGAAAGCAGCGAAGACAUUCCUGCAUCACAAGCAAAAGAUUAACUGGCAGAUAAUUCUCCAAUGUACCUGAUAAAGACACUGGCUCGAGCACGUGCCCAGGCCUUACAGUUCAACCUCCUCUGGGUCUGUCUACACCAGUGCAAGAAACACCUUUUUAAGAAAAAAAACUGUCCAAUCUGGAAUGGAGAGAGUCUAUUCACUGUCUGCCCUGCAGAGCAAUGCUGUUAACAUAUAACUUGCCUGCAGUGGAAAAAGUGUAUAGUGUUUUGUAAUAAAUGGCCCAAUGCUAAUGUAUAAAUGGCAAGGUGUAUAUAGUAUAUUAAUGUUUGACUGUUAAAUCCUCAACAAUGUUGAUUUGCUUGAGGAGUGUUGCAGACCUACAAAAACACAAAAUCUAAUCUUUGCUUUAUCAGCUGUGCUCAGCAUUGAGAGUUAUCUGCCUAACGGCGGUGCAAAUCAGAUUAUUUUCAAAAUACAUGGCCAUUUCAACCAGACAAAAAAAGGUUAACUCAUGCCACCAGAGUUGCUUUUACUUUGAGUUAUUUGAUGGUGACUUUUUAGCAUUUGGUUGAUGUGGGACAAUGGUGAUGUAAUGUUGAUCUGGAACUUUUUUUUUCAUUGCCUUUUUUCAUUCUGAUAUUAGUUGAAUCAUUUUGAAGCUCUAGUUAUGCUGUAACAUUUAGCAUGGCUUCACAUCAAAUUAGUGUAGCCAAUGAGAAGAGAUGAUUCUAAUGACAGCAGUUUUUAAAUCCCUGAGCAGCAAAUGCUCUGCUCAGUUUUUUUUUUGUUACACCUUGAUGGUUCAAUUGGAGAAAAAUGUGAGUAUAAGUGGCUUUCAAUUGCACAUAUAUUCAAAUCUAAUAUUUGGCAGUCUAUGGGUGGGAUAAAGGAUUAUUAGUUUUGGAUUUAUAGGAAUUUAAAGGAAGAAAAAUAUAUGCAACAGUUGCUAUGCCAGGAUGCCUGGAGCAUAAUAGACAGUACUUGGUGUGCUUGUUUUAUUUCCUCGGUAGAGCUUACUUAGAUUAACUUCUAAACUUCCCUCCUACUGCAGCUCAGUGAAGUAGAAGUCGAGAUGUACAUGACUGCCACUGGGGAGUGCAGAUUGCUAGUGUGUUGCAUUCACAAUUCUACUUGAAAGCAAGAAAUUGUCUUAGCUCCUUGUCCAUCCUGUCAGACUAAUUCAGACAUAAGCAGGGUUGUAAUUUUAAAAGAAAAACUGCUGGUUAGUCAUGAUUCUUGCAGGAUUCUCAAUUCCAAAACUAGAUUUUUGUUUAUGGAUUUUGAGGAAAUAAUCAGUAAAUACUGUAUUUAAAAAGGAAAAAAAUUGGUAACUUGAAUGUGUAUUUUUUUGGAAUUUGUCUCAAACCAAAUACCCCUGCAAAACAGACUCAACCCACCCUAUUAUAUUUAAAUAUUUUGCAGUUUUAUUUUAUAGAAAUUAUUUUGCUGAAUUCAAAAAGAACAUGAAUUAAAAGGAUCAUUUUAUCCUGUGUUCUUAUUUAAAAAAAAAUUUAAAAAAAUGACUGUGCAGAGUUCCAUGCCAAGUUUGCUGGCUUUUGUUUUGCUCAUAACGUGGCGUUGAAUUCUGAAACUACAGUCACACUGUGACCUUUCACCUGGUAUUUUUUUGUGCACAGAGGUAUACUUACAACUAAACUCCCCCUAGCAACAAUAAAGAAAUUGAAAUAUUGACACAGUGAA